AUGAUUUACAAGAACAUAACAACAAUCAAAGACUUUGUAAUACUUGGAUUCCCAGGACUUCACCCAACAUAUUAUGGACCUGCGUCUGCUCUUCUUUUCUUCACCUACUUGGUUAUUCUUGCUGGAAAUAUUUUCAUUUUAGUUUUUGUUGGGUUUGAAAGGCGUCUACAAAAGCCAACAUAUCUGAUCUUCUGUCAUCUGGCAAUGAAUGAUUUCUUAUUCGGGACAGUGACUUUGCCAAAAAUCAUAUCCAGAUAUUGGUGGGAUGACAAGAUUGCGUCUUUUGGUGCCUGCUUCACUCAGAUGUAUUUUGUGCAUUCCUUGGGAGCUAUUCAUUCUCUCUUUCUGCUGAUUAUGGCUCUGGAUCGUUUCAUUGCAAUUUGUCUACCUUUAAAAUAUCCUGUUCUAAUUACAAACAACUCUAUAUCUAUUGCUUGUGGGAUGUCAUGGAUUGGGACAUUUGUUAGGAUGAUGGCAGUUGUAUUACAUGCCCUUUCUUUGCCUUAUUGUAGUUCUAACAUCAUUGUGCAAUGUUAUUGUGACCACAUUUCAAUUACAAACCUGGCAUGUGGUGGAAAUGUAAAAUAUGUUCAGACUGUUGCUGUCGGUCUUGCAAUGUUUAGUCUCUUGCUUCCACUUUCAUUUAUAUUUUUUUCCUACAUUUCUAUCUUUAUAGUUGUUUUGAGAAUACCAAACGUAGAAAGUCGAUACAAAACCUUAUCAACUUGUACGCCACAGUUAUUCAUUUCAUGCCUGUAUUACCUGCCAAGAUGUUUUGUUUAUCUUGCUCAUGCUACAGGGUUUUCCUUCGGUUUGGACUUCCGCAUUUUAUUGAUAUUGCUGUACAGUCUUCUUCCUCCUGCUGUUAAUCCAAUCAUAUAUUGCCUCAAAACCAAGGAUAUCAAAGAAGUUUUGAUGAAGAGAUUGAAAAAUGCUAAAGUUGGAAUGAAACAAACUUCAAAGUAA